AAUCCACCAAAGUUAUUCACUCUACCAGACAUUUACAAAAUCUCUGCUUCUUUAGCAUCCAUGAUAUCAAGCAUGCAGGCUACCAUACCAUCGCCACAGCGCUCUCGCGCAUCAUCACGAAGCAAGUCACCGCUUUCUAUCGACCUGUCAGACUUGCCACCACUAGUCGAGCCGUCACCACCCUCAAACACUCUCAUCAUUACCAAUCUUUUGGCACCCGAAAUCUUCCAACUCUCUACCCUUACCGAGAUCCGCGAAACAAUCAACCAACAUGCCAAAGUGCACACAUGGGCGCCGCUCAAAUCUUUCCGUCGCAUAGUAGUUUCCUUCUUCGACACCGACUCUGCGAUACAAGUUCGCCAGGCUCUUGACGGCGAGCAGCUCAUGGGCUUCCGUAUCCGCGUAUACUUUGGCGUAAACACACCCAUGAACCCCUCAGACCAGCACCUAGCACUGCCCAAGUCGGAUCGACUCUUCUUUAUCUCGCCACCACCAUCGCCGCCCAUGGGCUGGGAAACAAAGGAAGAGGAUGCGCCUAACACAAUCGUCCACCCCGAGGAUUUGGCGGCAGCACUAGCCAAGCUCCAUGCAAACCCUGAGGCCUCGUCACCUACCGAUCACGGAAGCAACACCAUCACCAGGAGGCGGACAGGCAGCACAACUGUAGUUUACCACCCAGAGGAUCACGGCGACUCGCCUAACCUUCCAGCCAUAUCCGUCGAAGACACAACCGAGACUCCCGAGGCUUUGACGCCCCUCGAUGCAAUGGAGGGAGUCGAAGGACCCAUUGCUUCGCAAAAGGCUCAAGGCAUAACUACCAGCACCGCUAGGCCACCAGUCGAGCUCAUGCACUGAGGCCUUAUGUUACUCUUUUUCGGUCUUUUUUUCCUUUCUUUUUUAUGUGUUAUCAAAAAAGCAUUACAUGUGCAUGAUUUCAAAGGCAUGGCACGGCUUCGGCGUUUGUGAUUUACUGGGUUGGGAAAUGCUCGGUUCCGAGCUGGUUCCGUGUAUCGGAUCUGGGGUUAGCAUGAAUUGCGGGCGCACGUCGAUUAGCACAGUACUUGGCUUCUGCAGGAGUUGCAGCGCAUAUGGAAUGAAACGAAUACGUCUAAUCUGAGACUGCAUUGUCAUAUAUUUACAGUGAGAAAAUAAAGAUAGCCAUCAACUUCUGA